GUUUUGAAGUGUUUUUCGAGUACGCAAGCGCAUCCGCAAUUUGUUUGUGGAGUCAAUUCGUAAAGUGGCGUGCUUUAUAAAGAAAUAAUAAAUAGCGAUUGAGUAUCAAGAGGAGAAUGGGUAGAAUUUAAUUAUAGUUGUUAUUAACCAUAUCAGCGAACGUUUUAUUAGGAUGCGACGUAAAAGCACUCGCAAUGCCCAAAAAGCGGCGUCCGAUAAAUCAUCCAAAGAGACAGAAACGCCGCCCAAAACGCGCCGUUCCAGGCGUCGUAAACGGUCUCCGUCGAAGUCCAGUGAUUCUGAAGAGGAAGUGUUGACAGUGACGAAACGUUCGGCGCCUGUAGAUACUCCUGAUACAACAACAAAAAGUCACACUCCCACCGAUGAGGAGAAUUCGGAAGAAUCUAUGUGGAAGGUUACGUCGACGGAAGAUAGCCCCAAAGGAGAAAUUCAAAAAUUAAAGAUUUGCUUAACUCGACCGUCGCCAGAAUCGCCGGGAAAAAGCAAGACGCGACGCAGUAAAUCCAACAGUCAAACUGAAGACGAAACGACGAGUUCUGAGGAUAAAACAGCGAGACGAACUCGUUCGCAAGGAUCUCCGAUCGUAAGAACCGACGUUUUAUCUAGUCAAGAAGGUGAAGAAGAAUCGGAAGAGAAGAAAGGUAAAGGUAAGUCUAAAGGUAAACAUAAGUCAAAAAUAGAAAAGUCACCGCACUUAAGUGAGCCUGAACUUCAAACGAACAAUGAAAUUUCUGAAAAUGUACAGGUGACGCCUCAGUCACCCUCUAUCGAUAAGCCAGUUGAUAAUGAGAAUGACCAUAAGGUCGAUGUCGACAAUUUACAAAAUGUAAAUGAAACUGUCCAGGGGCAUGAAAACGUCGAAGAAUCCGCUAGUAAUGUUGGUCGUGAUUCUGACAAUGAACGAGAUGAGACGAACGUUUCUAAAACCAAACCUGAGUCCUGUGGUAACACAGAAAAUAAGGAGUCUGACGAUGACGAGCCUCUUAGUGUCAUUCUGAAAAACGAGAAUGAUAAAAAAUGUGAAAAAGAACUCGACAAGAAAAGUGAACAUCAAAAUGUUGAAUCAGACAGCCAAACUCAACAUCAGGAUGUUGAAUCAGAUAGUCAAACUCAACAUCAGGACGUUGAAUCAGACAACAAAAAUGAACCUCAGGAUGCUGAAGCUGACAACAAAAUUGAACAUCAGGAUGUUGAAUCUGACAACAAAAUUGAACAUCCAGAUGUUUCACAAGAUCAGCAAGAAGAAAGUCUUAAAGUAUUACACGAAGAAACGUUACAACCUGAACUUCAAGAAAAUGUUGAGCAGUCUGAAGACAAAAAAACUGUUGAAGAGGAGUCAGUUGAGCCAGAGAAACAUGAUAUAGUAGAAGAAACUGUGGAGUCGUCAACAAAAGAAUCUGAGGUGAAAGACGUUGAAGAGCAGUCUACAGACAAAAAUGUAUUAGAAAAAGCAGCAGAACCUGUGGCUCAAGAAAAAUACACAGAAGAGAAAAUUGAACAAGAAAUGUCUUCUGAUAAUAUUGAAACAAAUCAAUCUGAUACAGUGGAGCCAGAAACAGAGGCGCAAGACACAGUACCAGAAAAACAAGCGCGAGACGUAGAGCCAGAAAAACAGACGCGAAAUGUCGAGCCAGAGAAAAAGACGCGAAACAUAGAGCCAGAGAAAAAGACGCCUAACAUAGAGUCAGAAAAAAAGGCGCGAGACAUAGAGCCAGAAAAAAAAGUUCGAGACAUAGAACCAGAAAAAAAGGUGCCAGACAUAGAACCAGAAAAAAAGGUGCCAGAAAUAGAGCCAGAAAAAAAGACGCGAGACAAAUCUGUAGAAAAGGUUUCGCCAUCACCAACAGCAGAAGAAAAACAGCAGAGAAGUAAAGAACGGGCUCCUCGACAUAGGCUCAAGCGCAAUAUAGAAUCUGUUCAAUCAGAUUCAAAAGAAAAUGAUAAGAGUGACGAAAUUUGCCAUAUCAAACCCUCACGAAUUAAACGUAAAUGGGAGGGUCACUCAAAUGUGAAAUCUUCACUAGUGAAAAUCGAUUUAGAAAGCGUACAAACAGUGUGGCCUACAGUAGAAUUUCCUGAGGAACCCGACCUCAGCGUAGAAGUCGAAAAAGAGCGAAGAAAAUCCCUUACGGAAACCUCCGCGAAAAAAUUGGAGCGCAAAGUAUCAGUAGAGUACAAAUCCGACUUUUCCGAAAGACCGUCGUUCGAAAAGCAAACUUCUGUUAAUUCCGUAACAAAAGAUGGCGAAGACAGUUCGAAUAUCAUCGCGUUUAAUCGAAAAAUUAGCAUCGUAGACGAUACCGCCAGCAAAUUGAAGCCACCUCCAAGCCCGGCCAAAAACCCGAUUUCGAAUAUCUUGUAUAUCACGAACUUAGUGAGGCCUUUCACUGUUAAACAAUUGAAGGAACUGUUGGAGCGUACUGGAAAAAUACAAGAAGAAGGCUUCUGGACGGACAGAAUCAAAUCAAAGUGUUAUGUGCAAUAUGAAAGUCAGGAUGAAGCCGAAGCAACAAGAAACGCGUUGCAUGGUGUUCAGUGGCCCAUCGGUAAUGGGAAAAAGUUAAUUAUUGACUAUGCGACGGAAGAAGACAUGCAAAAUGCGAAAAAUCCACCGCCGCCGCCAGCGCCAGCACCUGUACCAGAGACAAAAACAGCUACGAAGGAAAAUUUGGAACCAGUUGAAAAUAAAUCAAGACCGGAAGAGAAGAAUUCCAAGGAGAUGGAAAAGAAGAGGACGGAAGUACCUGUCAGGGAAUGGGACAUCGGGAAGAAAGAGUUGCGGCGUGACAGAUCAAGAAGCAGAGAAAGGGGUCGAAAACACAGGCGGUCAGCAAGUCCACCAGAUGAUUUCAUCAGCAGGAAGCAGAGGAAAACCGAAGAGUCCGUCCCGCAAAAACUGAUGGAUGACCUGUUCCUGAAAACGAAAGCAACUCCAAGCAUAUAUUGGCAACCGUUGUCGCCAGAAGAGAUUUCAAUGAAACAGCAACAGCGCUUAAUUCGUAUGGAGGAACACAAGAGACGAAUGGAAGAAAAUUCGCGAAUGAAAGGACGAGAAAUGGGGCGGGGGGCGUUUCGACGUAGAUACGAUUAAUUUUUGCAGGAAAGAAAAUACAUAAACUUAAUUUUGUUGUGCGAUUGAUGGCGAAUUGAAUGAGUGAGUGUGUUUACGAAAAAAAAUUAUUUACUUUGAUUUUUCCUUACCAUUUAGUGCAUUUCCCUUAAUUUUGUCGUGAGUGAUGAUGGAUAAGUGACGAUAAUCCUAUUUUUUGUAGGAUUUUCAGUAUAGGUUUCACACUGAGUUCCAUUCAACGGGGGAGAAUUAAAGAAGCUAAAAUUUACACUUUAGUGAAGGUAGUAACGUUUCUUACAACUGAUACUUUUCACAAAGUGUUGUAUAUUUGAUGAAUGUUUUUCCACAAAACAUAAAAUUCUGUAAAUGCUAGAUUUGAUUCAAUAUUAAAUCUUUAUUAUAA